GGGCCCCAAGACGGCCCCAAGAGAGGCCCAAUAAGGGAAAACGAACCUCCGUAGCCAUUUUGGCUCAAGCCAUCCUGGCUCAAGUGCCUCUGUCUCGAGCAGUUGUGGAGCAGUUCUUUUCUCGUACCUCAGCUCUUUCCAUCGUGCCCCGCUCAUGAUCUGGCCUCGCAUGGGAGUUGCCGCGCUGGUCCUCAGCGCCCUGAACGCUUGCGUCGCCUCCGGCCUGCUGCUGCCGUGGGAUGGUGACUUUGUUGUCGACGAGUUGGGGGUGGGCGAUCCUGAGGGAGACGAUCCAACUGUGGAUCCCUCGAGCUUGAGGUCUUGGAACUUGCAGCAUCCCUACGAGGCAACGUCGCCCGACUUCUACGUCAAGCUGCAAGACGAGAUGACAGAACGGCAUGCCGCAGUUGCUAAAUCUCACGCUGGAGCUCAGCACGGGCGUCCGCCCCCCCCCAAGAGCAUCGACAUCGCCUUCAGCCUGACAGAGGGUGCCGAUCUCCCUGCCUGGGCCCACGACAUCCUCAGCGGAUCCUGGGGGAUCGGCCUGUCAUUGACCGUGUAUGUGAAGACGGACGGGUUGGGCAGAGAUGAAGAGGUCGUCCUCGAGCGCAGACGGGGUUUCGAGAAAGUGGCGAUCGCAAAUCUCGGAAGGAACGAACACGCGUAUGUAAAACACUUGGCGCGGAGAUACAAUACCUUUCCAGAUGUCCAGAUUUUGACCAAGACGAAUGGAGUAUCUCCCGACAUGAUAAGGUCCAUGGUGGAUGCAAAUCGAAAUGGUUCCUAUGGUUUCAUCUCCCACCCAUGGGUGUUUCAACGCCGUUACCUAACAGUGCGGUGCGACAGUGCGUGGGAGAACCAUGCAUUGUUUCCUGAAUUCUGUCACGGCAAUACGGGCAGCGGCACAAUUCGCCCUGUCAAGGAGUUGCCUGGCUGGCUGGAAAUUCACCCUGCUAGAGUUCAACCGGAUCAUUGCGAUUUGAGUUGGCCGCUUUUCAACAGACAAGGGCGGCUCCCAUUCUUACAUGAAACUCACGGCGAGGGCACAUUCUCGAUUCGCCGCGAUGUGUUGGCACAGUUUCCGCACGAUUGGUACCUUACUUGGAGCAAUCUCACGUACAGAUGUGCCAGUCCUGGCUACUUGGGAAAGCAUCACGACGAUGCCAUGAUGGAGGUUUUCCCUUUAGUGUUCAGCAAGGAAAGGUACAUGUCGGACUUUCCCGUGUACCACAUCUCGCCGAGCACUGUAGCCUUGUACGACAAGAACUGACAGGGGUCAUAGAUGCCUCCAAAGAGUGUUCCCUCUUGACGCACUUGGCUCAAGAGGAGAGCGCUUAUUGACUCAAUAACCAACGUGCGUUUAUUAGCGAACACGAACCGAUAAUCUGAGCUUUCUACCCCGAGAGUUUUUGUCGGGAAGUCCCAAGAGGCCCCCAAUCGGAUCCAAGAGGGCUCGGGACUUGAUGCGGGUCUGCCGCUUCUCUCACGGGGAUCGUAGCAUCGAAGGUGUUGACUUGUUGGUUACCCAGCCAUAUUCAUUGAGACUCGUAGCUCUGUUCGUGGUAUGCGUCGCGGGCCUUUAUUCUGGCAGUCAGCUGGCUUGCGACCGUUGCCUCUUCUCGCAGGCGUGGCCUGGUAUAUCUGGGCAGCAGAGUCUUCAUUUCAGCCUGCUGGACCGCCCGUCGCUCAUCGGCAAAAGUGACUCGGGAGCUGGCGGGCGUGGCAGACAGAUCGGGCAUAUUGUGCGGGCAGCAACGCCUCGCUGAAUGCCAGCGUGGUAGGGAACUUAAUAUUUUUAAAGUGGCGCCGCCAGAGGUCCUGCGUGGUGGCCGCGCAAACAUGCCCAGUCGUCCCUAUUCGGAAAUGAUGGAGGCUAUAGUUUAAUACGUGGCUGGCUCAGGCCCCGACGAGGACAAGACCAUCACAGGGUCGAUUGCACGUCCUAGGGGUGCGAUUCAGCAUGCUGAGUCUGCACGUCGUUGUAUCCCCAGCCAGCACACGCUGUGACUGGCCAGCGGGUCCUGCGAUUUUUUGUCUUGGCCAACACAGGCCGCGACGGAGAGCAGACAAUCGCGACAUGUUUCCACAUGAAUCGGAAAGCCGAUGCAGGGUCGAUUGCAUGUGCUAGGGGUGUGUUUCUGCAUGCUGCUUUUCGUGUCUCACUGGACCCGUGUCACUAUAUAAAGAGCCCUUGAAACAGAGUAGGCGUGGCACGCGAGACAUGUGCAGGUCCUUGAGCAUUUUUUUGGUAGACCUUUUGCGGCUCAGGGUGGGAA